AUGGCUGGAAGUGAAUCCGGCAGCCCAGAAGCCCCCCUGAUGCCUUCUCCACCCUCUCCUCCAUGUGGUGAAGUGAAAAGAGCCGCCAUGAAGCCAGCUCAGGGCCGGGUGUCCUUCGAAGAGGUGGCUGUGGAUUUCUCCAAGGGGGAGUGGAGCCUGCUGAGCCCAGCCCAGAGAGCCCUGUACAAGGAAGUCAUGCUGGAGAAUUUUGGGAACGUGGCCUCUCUGGGACCUCUGAUUGCCAAACCGGACCUCGUAUCCAGGCUGGAGGAAGAGCUGCUUAUCUCUGAUGAAGAGGAGGGAGUGACUGGAGGCUGCCUAGAUGUUGUGUGGGAGGUGGCAACUGAAUAUCCAGUGAUGGGGAGAGAUCACACUUAUUCAGAUGUGGAAGAGAACAUUGAAUAUUGUGAUGCACUGAGCGUGGUGGAGGGAACAAACCCACUUAAUGAGAGGGAACAUUGUGAUGUUUUCCAAGGUGACAAUUCUCAAGAAAUCCCACCCCUUCAAAAAAUACCCAGAGGAGACAAUAAGGAUGAGUGCCCACGAGGUGUAGAAGGAUUUUCUGAAACAGCAGAUACGACUGUGCAUGGGAACAGCCAUAAUAUACGGAGAAUAUUUAAAUGUCUGGAGUGUGGAAAAACCUUUGGACAGGAAUAUUCUCUAAAUCACGCAGGAGAGAAAAAACAUAAAUGCCUGAGCGGAAGCCUUACUUCCCACGGAGAAAUUCACACAGGGAAGAAACCAUAUAAAUGCCUGGUGUGUAGAGAAAGCUUUAGACAGAGCGGACAGCUAGCUGUCCACCGAAGAAUUCACGCAGGACAGAAAUCAUAUAAAUGCCUGGAGUGUGGAAAAUGCUUCAGGCAGAAUGGAAGCCUUACUGCCCACCAAAGAAUUCACACAGAAGAGAAACCAUAUAAAUGCCCGGAUUGUGGAAAAAGUUUCAGAUGGAGUGGACAUCUUACUGCCCAUCAAAGAAUUCACACAGGAGAGAAACCAUAUAAAUGCCUGGAAUGUGAAAAAAGCUUCAGUUUUAGUGGAAACCUUAUUGCCCACCGAAGAAUUCACUCAGGGGAGAAACCAUAUAAAUGCCUGGAGUGUGGAAAAUGCUUCAGGCAGAAUGGAAGCCUUACUGCCCACCGAAGAAUUCACACAGGGGAGAAACCAUAUAAAUGCCUGGAGUGUGGAAAAUGCUUCAGUUGUAAUGUACACCUUACUCGCCACCAAAGAAUUCACACAGGAGAGAAACCAUAUAAAUGCCUGGAGUGUGGAAAAUGCUUCAGGCAGAAUGGAAGCCUUACUCGCCAUCAACAAAGUCACACCAGGGAGAAACCAUUUAAGUGCCUUGAGUCUGGGGGAAAACAUCAGUAACAAUGGAAACCUUUCUUCCCACCAAAGAAUUCAGAAAGGGGAGGUAGACAUAGCAGAUAUUCUGUAGCAGAGUCAUACUGAAGCUGAUUCCUCAAUCUGAGUAGUCUUUGUUCAUGGGAAUAUGAGAACAAAGGAAACCCGAAUCUUGGAGAAAUUGACUCCACACCUCUGUCUCCAGCCCUUGGCCAUGGACUGUGACCAAGAAAAUGAUUGAAGAGAUGUGGCCUGGAGUGAGGUGGGGGCUCUCUUUAGUUCUCUUCCUUGUUUCAUUGCCAUGGACCUCCUCAGAUAUACAGAAAAACUUACACUAACGUAGUGGGCCUCUGUUAUAACUAUUAACUAUUCAAUUGGGAUGGUGGUGUAAACUUCU